AUGGCUCAAUUCCUAGCGGCUGGACCCAGUGUGGACAUGAUUGGAAUCAUACAAGAUUUAUUCGAUAUUUCAGCAACAGAUCCAGGAUACUCGUCUGCAUUGUCCAAAUUGUCAUACGCGUUUAGUGGCACAUCGUUUGCGCAGGGCAUGUCCAACCUUUUUUAUAUGCCGCUGAUAAUCAAAUACGGACGUCGACCGGUUUAUAUCAUUUCAUUCCUGGUGUAUGGUGCAUGUGCCCUCUGGGCCGGCUUGGCCAAGGAUUAUAAUGAGGAGCUGGCGGCUCGAAUCAUCAUGGGGUUUGCGGGUGGCUCUGCUGAAUGUCUUGCGCCUCUCACUAUUGCCGAUAUAUUCUUUCUCCAUGAACGUGGCCAGAUCAUGAGUUACUACUCGGCAGCACUCUCUUGUGGUGUAUCCGGAGGUAUAAUUCUUUCGGGCUUAAUCACAAUCCACCAAAGCUGGCGGGUAAUAUACUAUGUCGCAGCCGGAAUGAUCUGGACCUUGGUCCUUCUCAUUGCGUUUACCAUGCCCGAAACAGCAUACCAGCGAACCUAUGCCGACACAGAAGAACCCGAUACAGAUCCAACAAAAGUCCAAGUAUCUCAUACGGAAUCCGACAUCCCCCAGAAAAAGACAUAUGCCCAACAAAUGCGCCUUUUCAACCCAUCCUUUACCAACGAAUCUCUCCUUACCCUCUUCUGGCGUCCCUUCCCAGUCCUCCUCCUUCCAUCUGUUCUAUGGGGUACACUAUGCAUGUCCGUCUGUAUCGGGACAUUCGUAGCCCUCUGCUCCAACUUUGCGACUGCAUUUACCACCACAUACGGAUGGUCGACCUGGCAAUGUGGAAUGACCUAUGUCGCCGCUCUCAUUGGAGCAUUUGUUGGAGUUUAUGGUGGAGGUUGGUUCUCGGAUAAGAUUGCAGAUUGGUUGACACAGCGGCAAGGUGGUAUCCGGGAGCCAGAGAUGCGUCUACCAACUAUAACUAUAUCUCUCAUUCUGUGUCCGGUUUCGUUGAUACUUUAUGGAGCCGGAAUACAGAAUUCCUUGCACUGGAUAGUUCCAGUCCUGGGACUAGGGUUGCGUGAGUAA